UUGAGUGUUGACGCAGGUGGGAGGACGCCAUAGUCUUCCUCCACCUAUUUUACCUCCAUUUAGCCUCCUCCGAGGCCCUCCAGCACUCCACGCCUCCGGAGUGGAGGCUGCUGCACUCCCUGGAGGCCCAGAGUAGAGAUGGCUGAUGAGUGGCGGAUAGCUAGCCUCAGCCAGACAAUAGAUGAUGACGACGAUGAUGAUGAUGUGGCUGAUCUGGUGCCCUCGACACCUGGACAGGAGGAUAUUGAUAUGGCGUCACCUUCACAGGACAGUGCCUCGUUACUUGGUGUCAUGACAGAACAGCAUGGGACAGGUCGAAGAAAAUUCCCCCCUGCUUUAUCGCUUGGAUUACCAGAAGAUCCAGAGAAUGAGUCUCUUCCUUUCUUGGCUCUAGAGUGGGAUUCUCAGUUUCCAGUCACGCCUGCACAAGAGAACGGACAUUCCUCGGAUAAUAAUAAUUUUCUGAAGAGAAAGGCAGUCUCUCAAGGUCUUAAAGAUAAUGGCUUAGCCAGUGAGAACUGCAAUGGUCAGAGUGAGGCUGAAGCUGGUUGUUCAGCUCUGUGGGGCACCAGAAGUACAAGUGGGAGCGGUGUCGCUAGAGGAUCUCGAGGGAAUGGUGAUGGAGAACAUUCAUCUGGAAGCAAAGAAAAGCUGAGUGAUGGAACUAAGGGGGAUAAUAUUGACGACGAAGGUGGAGGGGGCUCUGGAGGAGGAGGAGGAGGAGGAAGAGGGGACACGAAAGAUAGAAGGGAUGGAGAGGCUGGCGAGGGAGAUGGUAAUGGUAAUGGUGAUGGUAGUGAAGAAGAAAAGAGACGAGGGAAAUGUGAGGAAGAAGAAAGUAGCCAUGAACCAUCAAGCGAUUCUAGUGAUGGGUUGUUUGGUACGCCUACUAACCAGAAGCAGAAUGGAGCAUCAGACAAAAAGUUUACUGCAGUGAGUUCUGUGAUCCAGUUGGACUCACAGGAAGACAAGACUACCGGGAAGCAUGUUGAGCUUGAAAGCGAUAAUGAUGUGGUUAGCUCUCAAGAAGACGUCAUUCCAAGUCAAAAAAUAAAAGCAACAUUAGCUAAGCCUCCGCAAGUGGAACACCAGCCAUUGGGCGAGGGUAUACUUCCCAAGGCUCUGACUCCGGCUGUCUCCAUUCCUGUACUUGAACUGUCUCAGGAGGAAGAGGAGGAGGAGGAGGAGGACUAUAUCCCUCCUUCAGUAAAGUUUGCUGGGGAUACUCCGUCAUCAAGUACAGCAGCUGAUUCUGUACCCACACUCCCUUGCCCAAGUUAUUCUUCCAUAACUGCCCAGCCAAAGUCUCCAGGGUCAUCACCCACUAAGAGAAAGAGAGAGGAGCUGGAGGAUUCUGCAGCUGAAGAAAAUCCCUCCCAGAUCCCAUUGAAAGUUCGCCGAACUGAGGAUGCCACUGAAACAAGCGAGUCUGGUGAUGAUAAGGUGGUUGUAGAUUACUCAUCACUCACACACAAAGAUGUAGAAAUUAGUCCAAAACAACAGAAACAACCACCCAGGAUAGGAAAACCACCACAUCUUACUGGCAUUGCCAAAUCCAUCACUUUUAAGACAAGUAGCGUUGAAAAGGUUGAAUCUGCUUGCCUCCGUACUGAUGCAGAGGAGAGCAGUGAGCAGGAAGACAAGGAAAAACCUCAGAGGCAUUUCCUUGUUGAGGAGGAAAGUAACGUGCAAGAAAGAAAAGACUUUCCAAGACGACUUCCCAUUGACACUGAAGAGGAAAGUAGUAGCCAUGAAGAGAGUAAAGACUUGCCACAAAGAAUGAACAUUUGUACAGGAAAUAGUAGCGAUAGUAGACUGACAUUUGCCAGAAGAUCCAUUCCUAUGCCAGUCAGGAUGCAGAGCUCACCGGAAGAUGAUUCUCAGUUAUCUGAUAAGGAUGAUAGUGAUAUAGAGAUUAUUGAAGAUAAGGAUCGUAGUGUAGAGGUCAUCUAUGAAAAACAGUCGAGAGCAAGAUUGCAGGAUGAAGUGGGCUCACAAGAAUUCAGUUUAAUGUUGAGUUGCACACAGUCAGAAUCACAUUACACUGAUGAAGCAAGCCAAAGAUUCUCCAAAGAAAUGUUUUCAGAACCUCUAAUGGAAAAAGAGUCACAGAGCCUUCUUCCAAUGUCAGAGUCUGAGCACCUUAAAUGCCACGACACACUAUCAAGUAGCGAUGAAGAUACUCGAAAAGGUGACCAAAGUAUCAUUGGGAGUAUGCCUGCUACCCAGCUUGAAAGAAUAUGCAAACCAGCACUCCUCACUCAGCCAGAUAUUGGCCCAUUGAUCUCCUUACCCAUUUCAGGUUCUUCGGAAAGCCAGGAGGUGGAAAUGACAGAAGGUAGCAAAGAUGAAGUUAAGCCCCUAGAAAAGGUAACACUCAGUGGAGGCACAGUACAAAGUAGCACUGUAGAUGUGUUACCCAUAUUAAGCUCUCCCUCAGCGCCAGUUGAAUCACGACUUCAGAUGCCUGAUAUAUGCACACCGUCAUCUCAAGACAAUCAAGGAUCACAGGAAAGUGAAUCUGUGUUUGUAAAAGCUUCAAAGGCAGCUAGAGAAAGAAUUCAAAUGGAAGAGAAAAGGAUUGACGAGAAGACAAAAGGUAUUUCAAGAGAAAGCUCCUUUGAACAAAUAGAAACCAGUGUAAAAGAUCAUGAUAUUAAGCUAACAGACAAAUCCAUUAAGAGUUUUAGUCUUGUAAAAGAAAGCUCCUCUACUCCAUCCACACCAGUAAGUGGUUUGGCGUCUUCCCUCUCCUCACAGUCGACUCCAGUCACUAAUCAGCCUCACCAUAGGUCUUCACAGGGCACUACCUUAUUCUCAUCAGGAGACCAAAAAACCACACACAUCCCAAGUACCGCUCAAGGCACACCUGAUGUUCUGGCAGAUGAAACAGACAGUGAGGAUGAAGGUCCCUUGCAUAGAAAACGAAAAAAGCUUGGUCUUUCAAUAAAAGCUAAGCAACCAUUAGAAAAAUUAUCCAAGUCUAUAUCUGAUCAAAGGAAAACCUCAACCCCAAACACAAGUCAAGGUAUCAGUCCAAAUAUUUCUGGUGAAGGUACCAGUUACAUUGACAAGGAGGUUCAAGGAGGAGAAACUUGUAAAUCACGAAACAUAUCACCAGGAGAAGGUAUUGCAAAUGUGAAAUCUUUAUUAGUAGUCGGGUCACCAGACAGAGAGAAAGGCAGCCCAGAAGUUAUUUCCUCACCAAAAGGAGGUACAGGCACCCCAGAUACAGAACUUCUACCUGAUUCUAACACAAUAUUCACAUUUGAGGACUUGGUGAAAGCAGGUUAUGUUGAAUCUCGACGUUUUGAUUCUGCAAUACUGGCUGAGUACAUCCAUCCAUUAACUAAAGAAAUAAUGAAUGUAAUUUUUGAAGGAGAUAGGGUAGCAGUCUCAAAACUAAAUUUUCAGUCAUUAACUGAAAUUGGAAGUGGAAGUAGUGGAAGUCGUAGUGGUAGGGUAUCAGAUACAAGCAACGUUUCUCGAAGUACAGGCUCAGGAUACUUUGGAGACAAGAGUUCCUCCUCAUCCAACUCAUCACGUCGCAUUUCUAUGAUGUCUACCACUGAAUCUUCAAGACUAUCCAUUGCAAGCGUCCUCACACUGCCAUCUCCACCACGUGUACCAGAGACUAAGGAUGCAGCAUCUCAGAAGAACAUUUCUGAGGAUGGAAAUUUUGCUAUUCCUGCAGCACGUCCUAAAGGUCAGGCUAGUGGGAGGGAAGUAGACACCAUUUCAAAGUCGCCUGAAAAACUUCCUUAUUAUUCUCCAUCGAAGAUGAAAGAAUUACCUAAAUAUGUAAGUUCCAAGAAUAUGGAAUCUGCAGUAUCUAGUAGUGAUGAAAUGAUAGAAGCAAUAGAGCACAGAGGUAGAGGAAGGGUGCAUGGCCGUCCUCGCAGUCGUGGCAGCAAACGGGGAGGUAACCAUGGAACUUCAAGAAGUACUCCGGGAAGGGGCAGGGGACGAGGUCGAGGGAGAGGGAGAGCCACACUAAACAAACCACCUCCUCAGUUAGAUGAAGAUAAUGACUAUGAUGAGGAAUCUCCAGAAGAUAUUCAGCCUAUGACUGGUACUGUAUUAACUGAUACAGCUGAAAAAAAACUGGUCACGAAAGGGGCCGAUCCUGUUUCAGACCUGUUUGAUUCUCUCCCAUCUAACGUAUGGAAAAUGCUGGAGAACUCUCAGGUUCCGCUAUCAGAAGAAGAGGAAGAAGCAUUUGUUGGACAAGGGGGCACAGAUGCAGAGAGGCAGCUAGCUCAAGUUUUAAAAAGAGUUCGAGAAGUUGAGUUGCAGGCAGGAUUAUUAGUGUUUGCCAGAUUCACUGAUAAUAACUUUUAUUCUGCCGUGUUGAAAGAACGGGAUGGUGCUGAUCGGUGGCAUGUGCAGUUUACAUUAGACCAGCAUACAGCUUCAGUAAGGGAGGUAUAUUUGUUACCCACAGACCUAUUGCCAAGGGGACAAACUUGUCAUGUACGUCAGAAAACUGAGCAUUACUGUGACUCUGGGGUCGUGAUAGGCCAUGUUCGUGUUGGAGCAACAGUGUUACACAUAGUGGAAACUGAUCGUGGAGUAACUCAGCGUGUACCACACUCGCACCUUCUGCUCACAAGCCCACAGGCACAGGUUAUUCUGCAAGCACGAUUGGCUUUCCGUUCAUUAGUUGCAUCUCCUGGUAGAGACAUAUCUUUAGAUAAUAUUGUUGCUGGUAGACGAAGGCGGAUACAACCUGAACAGUUUCCAUCUCCACGUUCAAAAAAGGUUGAUGACAAUCUUGAUACCAGUGAUGCCACGGCUGGUGAAUCAGAAGAAUUUGUUUCUUUCUCUGGUAGAUCCCUGGGCUCCAGAAAAGCUGCUGCUAAAGGUUCCAAAACUGCCAAAAAACAGGAUUUAGCUGUAGUGUCUGAGGAGAGUGGUAGUGAUACUGAAGCUAUUCCAGUAAAAAGUCCACCCAAGGGACGAAAACGUCCUGCCACUCCUCGAACGCCUCGCACUCCUCGAACGCCCCGCACUCCUCGAACAGCUCGUACUAGUCAAACCGCAGGAGUAACUUCCAGUGGUUCAACUUUGGAGAAAGAGAUUAUAAGCAGCAGAUUAUUAGAAGAUCUUCCCUUACAAGUAACAGCGCUCCAGACAAGUGAAACGCCUCUUACACCACCAAAGAAACGUGGUCGGCAGCCAGUGUCAUCUUUCGCUUCCUCGAAUACGGAGACAAUAGACAAUAUCUCUGCUUAUUUAGAAGCUUCCACACCCACCAUUACUAUCAUCGAACCUGUAGUAAUCUCUCACAAACGUGGAGUGUCUCCAGAACACACUCCUCUUCUUGGCUCCCAGUGUUUGACUGUUGCACAAGAUGCUGGUCAGACCAGUGGCACCCAGACCCCAAAGACAUCACAAAAAUCAGAAGAGGUUAUCCCGAGUGACCCACGCCUUGGUCCACUCCCACCAGAAGAUUCUCGAAUAUUUGAAGGAUAUACCAUUCUAAUGACCAGUGGUGACAGUAGCAUCAAGAAGCGUCAGUGUCCAGAUGAUGAGAAUCUUGCACCGUUUGAUAAAGAUCACGUACAUGCCCAAGUAACCAGAGGUGGGGGCAAAGUGCUUGAAAAAUAUUCUGAAGCUGAGAUUAUUCUUGCUGAACAAGGAGGAUUCUCAACGAAUGGCCGCCAUACACCUUCCAAACUCAAGAAGAAAAGUUCAGCAGCUCCUACUAGAACGCUCCUCCUCAUCUCUAACUCGCACUGUAGAACAGCCAAGUUCAUACAGUGUUUGGCAGCUGGUAUCCCUAUAGUGUCCUUCCAGUGGGUAAUAACCUCCUGUCACCAGAAAAAACUUCAGCCGUGGAUGAAAUAUCUGCUACCAGCUGGUGAGAAUGACGAUGGUGAAUUGCAAGAGCAGAAAGUAAGCCAAGAAGGGACUCUGAGCUCAUUGCAGAUACUAGCAGGGGAACGAAUUUUCUUAGGGUCCUCUGCCAAUUCUGAAUUUAGCCCACUUUGGCAGCCUCUUCUGGAUACCUGUGGUGCUAGAGUGCGAGUAAAGCCAGCUAGACCAGGGCAUUUGAAUAGGGUACUCGACAAAAGCAUAAAUGUGGUAGUGGGAGACAAAACAAUGCCUGAGGACGAGUUCCAACGAGCACAACAAUUGGGAAUCCCCAUCUUGGCGACUGACUGGAUCAUUCACUCCAUUAUAUGUGGCAGGCAGCUUCCAUAUUUAGACAGUUCAAAAUUUCGACUUGAACCAGGCUCGGUGGGUGAUGGCAAACUAGAAAAAUAGCCAGUUCAGUUUGGCCUCCCUAGUAAGACUUUUACAUAUGUAAAGAAGAUUAACAAAAAUGGAAAAAAGUUUAGAUUUCCCAUCAUUAAUGAUCAUUAGUGUUUUCCACCACUAAUGAUCAUUAGUAUUUACAUCAUUAAUGAUCAUCAGGGAUCACAUUAGUGAUCAUUGGUGUAUGACUGUUUGUCUAUACUUGGUUACAGCUGUAUAUAAUGUGCAUUCAACACCUGGGUGUUUGUGCUACUGAGAAUCAUAAUAGAGUCCAAUAAAUAGCAUAUAAAUUAACUAAAUGCAAUCAUUUAAUAAUCACACUUUAUUCCAUAUUUUUCUAUACAUAUGAAGGUAUUAGUGAUAUAGUCAGCCAGUGCCUGAUAAGUCUGGUUGACAUGAAGGUGUGAGGGUUGCCAGGGCAAUCAUGUAAUCACUAUUGGUUACUGGUAAGGAAGCCUGGCUUCAGGUAGGGUUGCUAGGGUGAUCAGGUAGUCACUACUGGUUACUGGUAAGGAAGCCUGGUCACAGGCAGGGCUGCUGGGGUACAUGAAUCCUCAGAAUUGGUCAGAGUAUGGUAAAUCUCGUAUUCGUAAUGGUUCACGCGUAUUUUCUAUUUGAAUGUCAGCAAAGUAAUGGGGACUUGCGAAUAAUUUUUAUAUACAAUAUAAGUUUUUGCUACAUAUUGUAAUUACAAAGAAAAAUAGAGCAUGAUAGUAAUGUAGAUAAAUGGUUCAGAGAACCAACAGUUUGAUAAAUCAGACAUGUGUAACAUUUGGGUAUCUUUAUUGUGGAAACAAUUGCCACACAAGUGGCUUCGUCAGUCCAAUACAAAGAAGAAUGGUGAAGAUCAGGAGGAGUUUGAGGGACUGAUUACCUCACACUACUCCUGAUCUUCACCAUUCUUUGUAUGGGACUGAUGAAGCCACUUGUGUGGCAAUUAUGUUUCCACCAUAAAGAUAUCCAAAUGUUGCUCACAUGUCUCAAUUAUCAAAGCAUGAUAGCACUGCACUUUUAACUAGAGACCUGAUUUUUGUCACCUUAAACUUUGUGGGUAAUCUCUUACGAUAUUUGUAAUUAACUGAAUUACCCUUAUUUUUAAUAAUAAACUUCAACGUGAUUAUGUUUGUUACAAAUAAUUUCUGGGCACACUAAUAUAUUUAGUGAUAAUGUGUUUGGAUAAUGUAAAUUGUGUAAUUAGAAUAGACCAACUCCAAGAUUGUAGAGUUGUAAGUCAGUGUGAAUUGUGUUUUAGCUCGGAAUAUAUUUAUUUGUAGAAUAUGAAAGUUUAAAUGUUUAUAUGAAAAUUUUGUACAAACUGUGCGUGUGUACAUGAGCAGUCGUUCUUUUGUGUGUGUGUGUGUGUGUGUGUGUGUGUGUGUGUGUGUGUGUGUGUGUGUGUUGUGUGUGUGUGUGUGUGUGUGUGUGUGUAGUUGGGUGGCUUUAGCUCUUGGUACUGCCUCUUCUACUGACCUAUAUGAUUGAGCCUUUGCACAUGUAUUUUUAAAUCCAUGUAUGGAGUACCCUUCCUCUUUGUCAUUGCUCAGUUCAUUUUCCUUGACCAUUCUUAUGUUCAAGAAAAGUUUUGCGAGAUCUGUCACUCCUGUGGGUGUGUAAUUUUCAGCCAUACUUCCUUGCUCUUGUUACAUUCCUGCUAGAGAUCCUAUCCUUGUCUUCCCCAUAAUGUAUAUUGUACAUUGGGAUCAUAUCCUCUCAUGUUCUUUGUAGCUCAUUACACACUGUCUUUGUGAUAUCCUCUAUACUCCAACAAGUCUGGUGUUUUACUAGGUGAGGGGUUCCAUAUCAGCUCAUUGUAAUCAAUGAUGGGUUGCUGUAUGAGGUAGUGUGUAUGUUUACCUGUUUGAGCUUUAGGGAAAAGUUCCUUAUUCUUAGUCCUACUUUGUAACUUUUAUAUGAGGGAAGUGCAAUGGCCCGGUUGUAAUUAUUUUGAACCUCUGUGAAUUGCAGGCUUUUAAAUACUCAGUGAGGCUGGUAUUCUAAGCAUUUACCUCUUCCAUAUUUUACUGUUCAUUAAUUUACCUUGUUUUACAGUAAAUUUUCUCAUAACACUGGUAACCUAGUGUUCUCUCUCCAAGAAAGAACCCGUAAUAAAGGAUUCAAAUUAGACGAUUGUCAAAUUAAGACAAUUGUCUUAAAACAGUUCCUGAUCAGCCGGGGUUGUGGUGCUUACGUUGGACUACUGAAAAUUAGUCUGCAAGGUGAAAAUAGCAUUGAGUGAAGAAUUUAUAGGGAAAAUAAGGUUAUUGUUGACACAAUCAAAUUUGCAUUUUUUUUUUUUUUUUUGCAAGGUAAAAAUUACUACAGUUUAAUUUUCCUUAUAUUCUGGUAGUGUUCUUCUUGACCUGGACGAGUGAGGAGAGGAUUGAUGUGGGUCUACUGGUCUGAGAUGGCUAGUUGAUUCUCACAUUAAGAGCAUGUGCAUCACCUGGAAACAUAUCUAAAAUUUAAACUAUCUUCAGUACCAUCAUAGAUUCAUGUUUUUUUUUCCUUGGCAUCUCCUGCAACACUAGUACUCCUCUUGGUUGCCAUGGUUAAUAUCCAGAGACCAGAGUGAUGAAAACAUUCAAAAUAGCUUAAUAAACAGUGAUUCUCUGUUUAUCAAAUAAUUUUGCCAUUUUUUCAUUAUCCCUUAGUGUCUCUUGGAUAGUGGGAUACGGCCGGUUUGUUGAAAGAAGAAAAGUCUCUUGGAUAUUAACCAUGGCACCCAAGAUGCUGGGUGUCCUGCGAAGGUGUGAAUCUGAUAGUAUUGAAGAAGGGAAAUCUUAGAUGUGCAUCUAAAUGGUGCAUGUGUGAUGCAGAUUGUUUUCACUCUUGAUCUGAGACAGUCUACUGUCCGUACAAAUAGGGACAGUGAGAAGAUUAAAAUUUGUACAGUCAGUAAUCUAGAUUGUGACCUAGUGCAAAGAAUGUCAGUGAAAUCAAUGCUGGAGGGUAUAACAGACCAGAUGGUUGCACUCGAGUAUAACCAUCAACUACUGGCAACUCUGCAUCUGCAUCAAUCCAAGAACCACAGCCAUCUGCCUCAGGCCACUCGAGCCACACCAUAUCUAUCCACACACUCACACACACUACCAUAUCAACAAACAGUGCAGAUUAGAAUGUAAGGUAAGCUGUAUUAUUUUAGACAUAGUAAUAAGACUAUUUAAAAAUUGUUUGGCAAAUUUGGUGGUUUCAGGAACAUAAAAACAUGUUUUUCUAUGUUUUUCACAACAAUUUGCACUAUUUUGUAUUCGAGGUCUCUAACUUGCACUCUGAUGAUUUACUAUAUUCGGCAUACUUGUAAAGGAAGUUCUUGUAUAUUAUACCUUCUUCAAUGUUCAUCUUCAUUGCCAACAAGGAGAAAAUGAGCCUGUCUUUGUGCUGUGAUCUCUUCAUAUAUAUCGGCUUAAUAUUUUUAAAGAGCUCUACUUUUUAGGCAUUUUUUUGUUAAUGUACUUAGGUGAUAGAGGUUAAUUUAAUUUGUUGACCUUAAAGCAAAUUAUUGAUUUAUUUUAUUAGUUUGACUGUUAUUACCAUUUAGUAUUAUUAGGAUUAUAUUUUCAUCAUAUUUAGAAGUUUUGUUAUUAUGAAUAUACACAGUAAUUGUAAUAGUGUUUUGCAUGUGGUUUCCUUUUGUCAUCAAAGGAGAUUCCUUGAUGCUUAUGAAUGUUUCUGGAUUCAGGGAAUUUGAGUUACUCUCCCUUGGAUCAAACCUAUUCCCCCAGGCACUGCAUGAACCCUGUGGCUUUAGCACUUCCUCAUGAAUAUAGUUAUUACAUUUUCUCCUAACUGGUUUCCCAUCUCUUGCCCAGUUGUAGAGUUUAGCUGGUGUUACUGUAUUCUUUACCAUGUCAUGUGUGAGCUCUUUUGCUGUCUUGACAUUAGGAUCUUCAAGUUUUUACAGUGGUGGCUAGUCACACCUAGUAGUACAGUUGUUUUAUCAGUAUGAACAAAAUUAGGCAUUGCAUGAAUUUGUGACUUACUGGUAUGUUUAAUUUUACAAUUGAAAAAAAAACAUUAAAUGUUUUAAAGCUCAUAUAUUUUAACUUUAAAGAUGACCUCUAUUUUUUGUGGGAUUAGAGUAUCCCAUUGCAUUUAUUAUUGUAUAUACUCAUGCAGUGGGUGAGAACGUUGGUACCUAACAUGACUCAAGAAAUCGUAAUGACACGAUUGCAAACAAACUAUAACCCCGCGGGUUCAAUCCCGGCCGGGGGUAUGGUUGGUACCUAGGGUGAGCCAGUCCUUGUUGUGCGUGAUAGUCAUUCAUCUCCUGACAUUUACAUGUCAGUGAUUUUAACUGCUGUAAAGAAAAGUUUGUUUGUAUGCUAAUAAAAGUCUGGUAUAUAGUAUGAGUGUGAUAGAGUGGAGACGAGUGGUUUUUGGUAUUGUGCUGUUGGAGUGUGAGCAGAGUAGCCUUGAUGAAAGGAUUCAGUAAAUCUGGUUAGCUGAACUUGUCUUGGAGGUCGGACAUCCAGCGACUGCACUUCCAAGGAAGGUUGGGGGUGUUGCUCUUUGGAGGGUCAUCUGAAUUGUGUUGUCUGUACAUAUCUGGCAAGACAGCUUCGAUUGAAUGGUGGUAAAUGUGUGUGUACCCUUUUGGGUCACUCUACACUGGUAGAAAAUGGCCAGUGUCGAGAAAAAUUUAUA